CAGCUAUUUUGUCUUUUAGCAACGCAGCAACACCCUCGUACCCAUAAUACGUACUGCAAUGCGCACGCAAUACACGCAUGCGCAGUAUUACACGCGCAACGUAUAAUAUACGCAAUGGGCUUUGGUUUUCGCGGAGGACAAUCUGCAGAAUGACACUGAUUUCCAAGCUCUAUUGAACAUUGUAAGUUUCAGUUUGGUUGAAAUGACUGCAGUAAAAGAGUUAAAGUAUAGCGUACAUACAUUGGUAGCUACGCGGCGGGGAGCCAGCUACAAAGUGCAAUAGAGUCGCGUAUCUUCACUGUAGGUGAAGUAUGAUGAGUGUGUGGGUACUGCUGCUGAGUCUCCUCUGGUCUUUGGUGGAGGUCCACUCUCAACAGACCUUUCCUUACAUCUCCUUCAAUGGCACGACUCUGGCCAACCAUUCCUAUAUGGACCUCAGUCUAGUGGGGAACGAUGUAACCGGUAGUAGUGACAGUGUUCAGUGUCAUACUGACCUGACCACAUGUUGUAGUAAAGCUCAGGGUUCUCAUCGUGGAGACUGGUAUUUCCCUAAUGGACCUAGACUGCUAUUCUCUGAAGAUGGUUAUAGUAUCUAUGAAAAUCGUACUGCUCAGAUAAUUGACCUACGCCGUAGGAACAAUCCAACCUCACCAGUUGGCAUCUAUCGCUGUGAUAUUCCAACUAAUGCUGUCCAUGAUGGUACUGACUUCUCAGUGAGAGAUGCACCAGUCUAUGUGGGACUGUAUACUGCCAGUGGAGGAGAUGUUGAGAUAUCAGGAUAUACAAUAUUAUUUGAGAUUUCAGACCUCAGUGGACCCAGUCCUCGGUUCACCUUGGCCUGUAUCUCCACUGGUGGACCUGCUACCACUGUCACUUGGACCAGAGACUCCACCACUAUCACCCAAGGAACCCAGACUGUGUUGAAUGACCCAGUGACUGCACAGUACACCCACACUCUGACUGUGACUGGGACAGUGGAAGGACGCUAUGGUUGCAAUGUAUCCAAUAACAAACCAUCUAGCGAUUUAGCACAGCUAUUAGUAUCUUGUAAGCCAAAUGGUAUCAAGGAAGGUAUUAUAUUAACACUUUUCUGUGCAUCUUCUAUACAGUUACCUCAUUAGAUGUACAAGUGUCUCAGAAUGGACUGAACAGUGUACUAGUGACCUGGAUACCAUCGGGAAUACGAUAUGUGAUAGGCUACACCAUCUAUUACCAGCAGAAGGGGGAACAAAGUGUAUCGUCCGAAGAAUUUGGAAACGUUACUAGAGCCACAAUCAGUGACCUUAUAACUGGAUCCACAUACAACAUCAGUGUAUCUGCAAAUACUGCUUUAGGAUUCAUUAUAAUAUCAAACGUUGCACCUGAUAUCACAAUAGGUAUGGCCUACAUUUUUGGAAGCAAAAUUUUUCUUUACAACUAAAAUCCUUGCACUAUGCUGUAGGGGAUGAUACCAUUCAACAGAUUUUAUUUAUUGGGCACCCCAAUAGUGAAUUUUGGCAAAGCAUGCAUUAUUGUGCUAAUUAAUCAACAUUUCAUUACUAGCGGAGGUGUCUAAGACACCUACAGUUAGGUGCCUCAAUGGAGCUGAGAUACUUAGAUG